CUAUGUAAAUCUUCCUUUCAAAAAACAAAAUCAAAAAACACAUUUAUCCACUACUGCAUUUGCACAUUAGGGUGUUUAUGUUCUUACAAAGCUAAACUGUAAGGAUCAAAACUCUUAAUGUUUUAUUUCAGUAUUUUAAAAAUUGGGUUGAAUUUCUCAGUAAUACGUUCACCUGGCUCAGUAAUCCAAUGCCAUCAAAAAUAUAAAAGUAGAAAAAAAAAUCCAUAAAAGGAAAGAAGUCUUGUUUUCAUUUUUCUCCUCUUUCUUCCCAGGUCCCACUCCCUCUGCCCCAGGGUAAUCAAUCUUGCGAGUUUCUCAUAUUUCCUUCCAAAUCUGUUUUCAAAAUGCAAGCAAGUUUGAAAUCCAUGUCCUUAAUUUCUUCAAUUUUACAAGGGUACUCUUUGUAAGAGCUCUGCUUUUUCUGAAGUCUUGGCAGAAACAGAUGCUCAGCACCCAGCUCGGGUGACCUGCUAGCACUGGCUCUAGGAAUAUUCUGGGUCCCCCAAAGACAGUCUGUGGCUCUGGUAUCUCCUCCAGGCAGAUUCUAAAUCUCCCCUGAGUUUCUCUGGAACUCUGCAGCCACGCCCCCUGAUGCAAUAUGUGGGUUUGCACCUGGCAAGAGGAGGGUGCAGCAGAGCCCGCCCCUUCUGAGCUGUCUGGGCCAGCUUCUCUUCCCAGAACAGUUGAGGUUUCUCUGGGACUCAGACCUCGGCUUGGACACGUACAUUCUGAAACAAGAUGGCUGAGAUGAACAGAGCACUUCAUCCUGGGAGGACUUGAUGUCCCGGAUCAAACUGGGUCUGCUGAACAGACUCUUACUGUGGUUUUAGAAGACGUUUGGACAAGUCUCGUCAUGUGGUUCUUCGGUGCCUUGAUUCCAUGUUUGCUCGCGGAUGGAGUGGUCGUUCUGCCCGCCCCUUCGAACCUCUCUGUGCACUCAACCAACAUGAAGCAUCUCUUCAUCUGGAGUCCGGUGACCUUUCCAGGAGAAACCGUGUACUAUUCUGUCCAGUACCAGGGGGAGUAUGAGAGCCUGUACAUGAGCCAUGUCUGGAUUCCCAGCAGCUGGUGCUCCCUCACUGAAAGCCCCCAGUGUGACGUCACUGACGACAUUACCGCCACCGUGCCAUACCACCUCCGUGUCAGGGCCACACUGGGUUCACAGACCUCAGCCUGGAGCACCCUGAAGCACCCCUUCAAUCGAAACUCAACCAUCCUCAUGUGCCCUGUGGUGCAGCUCUCCAAGGAUGGCUUGCACCUGGUCAUCGAGCUGGAGGACCUGGGGCCGCAUUUUGAGUUCCUUGUUGCCUACUGGAAGAAAGAAGCUGGUGCCGAGGAACACACCAAAGUCCUGAGGAGUGAGGGCGUCCCGGUGCACCUGACCACCAUGGAGCCGGGAGCCACAUACUGCGUGAAGGCCCAGACCUACGUGAAGGCCAUCAGGAAGCACAGCGCCUUCAGCCAGGCACAGUGCAUCGAGGUGCAAGGAGAGGCUGCCCCGCUGGCGCUGGCCCUGUUUGCAUUCCUGGGCUGCAUGCUGAUCCUUGUGGUGGCGCCGCUCUCCAUCUGGAAAAUAGGCCGGCUGUUCCAGUACUCCUGCUGCCCUGAGGUCGUCCUUCCUGAUACCUUGAAAAUAACCAGCUCACCCCAGAAGUUAAUCACCUGCCGAAGGGAAAAGGUGGACGCCUGUGCCGCGGUGGUGCUGUCUUCGGAGGAGCUCUUCAGGGCCUGGCUCUAGCAGCCUCGGCCGGAGCCGGGAAGCCGAGAGCCAGGGCCAUGCCGCAAGGGAGAUGUGAUGGGGAGGCUGCCGUCCAGUUACCCAGGGAAGCCUGCUGAGUCCACGCCUGAAAGUGACUCCCGGGCCAGUGUGGCUUGGCAGGCAGAGCACUGAAUGGGGCUGGAAGGUGUGACCUUGCUGCCGUUUCUAGCACAGUGGCCCCGGGGAUGGCCAGGGGAGUUAGGGCGGUGCAGGAUUAACUGCAUACUUAAUAGAUUCACCUUCUCUCUCUCUCUCUCUCUCUCUCUCUCUCUCUCUCUCUCUCUCUCUCUGUCUCUCUCAUAGGCACCCUGGGGGUUCGCACUUUCUUGGAUGAGGAGGUGGGAAGAGCCUAGGCAAGGGAACUUGGCUCAGUUAGCUCUGCAGUGGGUGACCUGGAGGCAGGCAGGCCACAGCUCCAGUGACCGAGGGGCAUGGCCCCUGGAGUUGAUGCAGCAUGUAUGCCAUGCUGAGGGCCACAGGCGGAUGCGGGGCAUUUGGGGGAGCAUGCUGGAGGGUGCACACAGCCAGGGUAGGGCUGGCUCGCUCUCCUGUCCUGUAGCGCUGCUGUAAGGCGGAAGUGGCAAUCAAAGGGGUCACCUUAAGUCGUCCGUCUGGUUCCUCCAGGAAGUGGCCUUGAGGGCUCUGUUGAGUGCAAGGAGGCCCCAGAGGAUGCCUUUGAGUGGUAGGAAGGGGCGGGGUGACUGUGGGUAGAGCUGUGGGCAAGCAGGAGCUGUUUGUCCUGCCUGUCUGUGUGCCUCAGGGCGGGAGGCCAGCCCAGGGCAGGCGGCUAGCAGUGGCUUCGUCUGGCCAGCUUCUCCCACAUGGAUCCUGCCGGGACCCCAUCUUUGUAAGACAGAGCAUGAGGGGGUGCUCAGCUCGUCUCAGUGACCUCAUGCAGAGCCCUCUGCUGGAAGCCAUCAUGCUCCCUUCAGCCCGGGCAGAGCAGGACAGGACAGAGGUGGUCUCCUGGAGGGUGAAGGUCUGUGUCUGCAACGACUCGUGCCCUGCGCCCAGCUCAGGCGCCUCCGAACGGGCUCAUCUCCCGGCCUUCCAGCAGCAGUGGUGGAGGCUAACUGCUUCCACCAGAUGGAGGAGCGAAGCUCGAUUCCACCGAGGGACUCUUUCUUGACCCCGGACCCUAACACAGAUUCCUCCAGGCCACCUCGGCCACUGUUACGCUGUGUGUUAUGCAGAGGGUGUUAACAUUGCAUUUGACCUCAAUUGCAGAUGUGUUCUGCUCGGCAAAAUAAAGUCGAUCCUUUGUCAUGGGUCA